AAUUAUUCGGUUAAUUUCCCAUAAUUCUCCACGCUAGUUCUUCCUCUUCCGGUUGGGAUUCUGUACGUGUGGAAGCUAGACUAUCAAAAUGGCAAAGUCGAAGAACCACACCACCCACAACCAGUCCCGCAAAGCUCACAGAAACGGCAUCAAGAAACCGAGGACUCACAGAUACGAGUCUCUGAAGGGGGUUGACCCCAAAUUCUUGAGGAACAUGCGAUUUGCUAAGAAGCACAACAAGAAAGGACUGAAGAAGGCGAGGGCUGCUAAGCUGGCGGCUGCCAAAUAAACUGGGGGUGUCCCUGUGGAUGUGGCCAUGUCACAGUGCUUGUGUGGACUGCUUGUUUCCAUCUGACUCAGGUUUUGUACUUGAAUAAAGCAGUGGAUUGAUUAAAACAA